GAAAAACCGGGAGACCGAAGAUGGAUUCGGUGUUUGUAAUGUGCAUCGUGCGUGGGAAGCAGUAAUUGGAACUGAAGCAGGUUAGAUAUAGGGUACAGAUACAUUGGUCUACUUAUAUGAGUUCUUCUAUUAAUCUGAAUUUAAUUGCACCUCUAGGAACCCUUUUCACUGGCCGCAAUGGGUUGCCGGGACGUUCACGCUGCGACAGUCCUAGCCUUCCUCUCUGGAACAGCCGCCUUAUCGGGACUCGUUGCCGCUGCACUGCUUCCAAACUGGAGACAAAUGCGACUCUACACCUUUAACAAAAACGAGAAGAAUGUGACCGUUUACACUGGGCUGUGGAUUAAGUGUGUUCGUUCUGAUGGGAGCAAAGACUGUGUCAUUUAUGACACUGAGUGGUACACCGCAGUUGAUCAGCUGGAUUUGCGUGUCCUCCAGUUGGCUCUUCCUAUUAGCAUGCUGACCACGGUCUUGGCCCUCCUUCUCUGUUUAAUUGGCAUGUGUAACACGGCCUUCUUGUCCACCGUGCCCAACAUCAAGCAGGUCAGAUGUCUCAUCAACAGUGCAGGCUGCCAUCUUGUGGCUGGCCUCUUCUUUCUUCUUGCAUGUGUCAUUUGCCUGAUACCAUCAGUCUGGGUCAUCUUCCAUAAUCGAGAGCUGAACCAAAAAUAUGAGCCUGUUUUCACCUUUGACAUUUCUGUAUACAUUGCUAUUGCCAGUGCAGGUGGCUUACUAUUUACAGCCAUUCUCUUAUGCCUCUGGUACUGCGCAUGCAAGACGCUACCUUCCCCUUUCUGGCAGCCUCUGUAUUCGCAUGCCCCUAGCGUGCACAGCUAUGCUUCCCAACCAUAUUCUGCACGAUCACGGCACUCUGCCAUUGAAAUUGACAUCCCUGUGGUUACACGUACUUCUUAAAGAAUGGGUUGAGAAAGCCAAACACUCCUUUGCAUAUUCUACCUUUAUUCCAGCGUUUGCUGGAAUAAAUCAAGUGCUUUCCAACAGCUUAUCAACUUCUACAACCAUAGCAAGGGUGUGUAGUUUGGUGACUUUUAUUUUCAUUACCUAGAUUGACAAGAAAUAGGAAUGAGCAGGCUGAAAUACUAGUCUUAGGAGCAACUGCAAAUUUUUGAGGGCCUCUGAAACCAGCAGUCUUUGUAAGUUUAUAAGUAACUUAAACUUUAGUAUCCUUUGACUUGUACAGAUCUCAAGUUUCUUCCAUAAAAUAUACUACUGAAAAAUACUAUUUGCUGGUGUUUGUAAUCCAGCAUGUGACACAUUUAAGGUUUGAGUAGUUCUCAUCAGUCUAGUAUUUCCUCUAAUUUGAAAGAAAUGUAUUUUAACUCUUUUCUUCACUGAUAGCCAUUUCUUAUUUUUCCAAAUAAAUUUAUAUUGUGUGAAGCUGUACAGUAAUAGUCUGACAUUCAGUAUGUGAAGUAAUAGUUAAUGUACACAUUCAGUCCUGUGCCUAUUGUGUUUCAUUACGCACAUACAAAAGAUAUUUGCGUGUUAACAUUUUUUUCAUGAUUGAUCCUUGGUUCCUGUGAAGAUUGCCAGUUUAAAAGAAGCAUAAUAAUAAUUAGCAGGAGUAUAACUACACUGCCUAAGAAACGUUUUGUUUUGUGGAAAAAAAAAACUUUUUUUUUCAACAUAGGAAGUUAUGCAAAAGAACAUAUGUGUAGUAUAACAUCAAUAUCAGAAUAGUCUCAGGAUUGAUAAUGGAGGCAAAGUCAAAAGUGUAGAUCAGUUGGACUGCUAUUGUACGUAGGCUCAUGCUUCCAUGGGAUAUCUCUCUGUACUGAAUAUUUUUAUAACUGAUGUGGGUUUUUUGUUUUAUACUUAAAAUCAUAAGUAUCCUAAAUAUUUGUUAACUUAGAAGAAAAUCUGCCUACUUUUACUCUACUGAAAAAUGCCUGAUUUUAGAUUUUUUAAAAACUUAUUUAGGAUUACAUUUAUGGGUUACCUUUUUAUAAAUGGAUUCCUGAAAGCCAUAUUCCAAAUAAACUAUAAUGAGGAUAGAAUAUUUUUAUAUAAUAUUACAGUAUUACAGUUGAGAUUACCUUCAAAAACAUUUGCUGUAUUGUAACAUGCAUGUAGGUUUGGUUUGUAGAUCUCCAGCCUCACUCUGUUUUUUGAUGCAUGAGAUUUUGUGGUUUCAGAAGGUACAUUUUUUCAUUUUCUGAUAUUUACUGCUUUCUGAGUAACUGGUCAGCAGUUUGGAGCAUGCCAUCUGAUCUCUUUUUUAAAGCAAAUAAGAAUUUACAAGAGCUUUUAAACAUAUUCUGGAAAUUGAGCCAAUUUGAUAAAAAUAACAUCUGUUCUUCUGAAUUUAUUGAAUUUAUAUAUUCUUAAGUAACAGGAAGUUAAAAAAUGUACAUGAUUAAAAAACAUUCAUUGUAGGUGGAAUUUUUAUACCUUUCUUAACUGGCUUCUAAAAAUAUUACUUUUUCAUUUGCUUUAAGCAGCAGAAAUACUAAAAUAUGACUGAAGAAAGCACAGUCUUGUUUACGAUAACCUAUUUCUUUAGACAACAUUAUUGGAAAUUGUUCUAUACUGAUGUAUGUUCUGCAUUUACCAUUCCAAUUAUAUGCACAACAGCCUGAGCCACUGAGAACUUUUAGCUUUGUUUUGAUUAAUUUCUCAGAAACAUGAAUAUGUGAAAAUCUUAACAGUGAUAUUUGUGUUGUUUACAAGUAAAAAUGGAAUAUUAGGAGGGAUUUGUAUUUGCACUUAAAUGAAAUUCACAAAUGUGAAAUGCAUACAAUUUGCUUCAAAUAGCUGCAGUUCAUGAGAAUGAUGUAUAAAAAACAUCCUCAAAAUGCAAGGCAGGUUUUCAGUUAUAUGUACUGUUACUGACAAAGAAAUAACAGUGCUUCUCCUUCAGUUCUCCCACUUAGGAAGUAAGUUUCUGUUAACUUUUUGGGUAUUUGGAAACCUUAUGAAACUACAAUAGCAGCAUUCUGAUAAUGUCCUCUUCUGAUGUUCCAAUUCUCAUCUUACCAUUGAGUUGGACAAGGAGUGAGAAGGUCCAGAUUCUAGUCUACUCUCAGUCAGAGAAGCUCAAUGAGUGACUUUGAGCCAGUUGCUCUUUCUCAGCCCAUCCUACCUCACAGGGUUGUUGUUGCAGGGAAAAAUGGAAGGAAGUCCUAUGGGUUCUACUUUGGGCUCCUUUAUGAAAAGCAAACAAUACAUCAGUUACAUCAUAUAAUAUAAACAAUGGAGCUGAUAUACUUAGCUUAGAGGUUCCAUUUGAUACUUCGUUAAGUAUAUUCUGAAUUGAUUGAGAUAGCAUGGAUGCAGCCAUAUUCCCAAUGGAACUGUUUCCCAAAACAAACACCCCACUGUGUAUCCCAUGCUGUUAGCUCAAGCUCUUUGAAAGAAAUUAAAAUGAUGCAGGAGGGCUGCUUUUGGGAGAGGGUGAAUUUUACUGUAGACAAUGGAGGAUAGCGCUUUGUAUUGUCACCAGUGCUUUUAAUAUCUGAAGAGGAGGGAUAAAAGACCACUUUCAAGGAUUGCUGUGUUUCAGUUAGUUUGGUCAUGAUUAAAGAGAUUAAAGCCGUCUUAUGGGUUGUAACUCGAAGUGUUGGGAGUCUGAAAAUACUAACUUUUCUGGUGUAGGCUUUCAUGGCUGGUAUAUGUUGGGCAGUGUUGAGUUUCAGGGUUUAGUGACCGUGGCCCAGA